AGUAGGAAGAAAAAGUUGAGCGAAAAGCCCUUUGGUAUCUGCGCCAGGUUUGGACUGGGAUUUCGUCACCCAAACGCUGCUUUACCGUUAGUUGCUUAUCUUGUCGUCCCUCGCUGUUUUCCAGAAGAACAUCUUAUCUGUUUGAUGGUUAGUGAGUGUGAGUGAAAUGGAGGAAAGGUCAUUACUUGUGAACCUGCGGCAGACGCCCAAGCCCAGCACCCCUGCACUAAUAUUCCUUAAGCUCCUGGGGGCUGCACUGCCUGUUGCUGAGAUAGUCAUCGGUGCUCUGUAUGUGAAUGACUGUCCCGUCCAGAAGUACAUCCCCGUUUAUCUGAUUGUGGCAGGAGGCUUUGCGUUGGCCCUGGCUCUGCUGUCGUGUCUGCCCUGCAGCAGGGAGUCUGAGGAUGGCAGUCAGAGCGCCCUCAGCGGCCUGUGCACCGCCUGGAACUCCCUCAUCUCUCUCUUCCUCUUCUGCUGGUUUAUCACCGGUAAUGUGUGGAUCUACUCCGUGUACCAGCCGAGUUACGUCCCAAACAAUGUACAUUACUGUAACAAGACUCUGUACCUGUUUGCUUUCUGGACCACCACACUGGUGUAUAUCCUGAUGGGCGUGGCCAUGGCUGUGGGCUGCUGUGCGCUCUUCUGCUUGUGUGUUUGUAGCAAGAUCCCACUGGGAGGGCUAGACACUGAUGUUUGACAGACAUAGUGGGGAUCCAAUCCUGUCCCUGGAAUCCUGACACACACAUUCCGCAGUUCAUUUAAUGAUGCUCUUAUUACAAACCCGUGAAUCCAUUUACUCACACACACAAACUUAUGAACCCAUGUUUACACACAAACACACACAUACACACACACACUCACACACACACAAAUGAAUGAGUAUAUGCUUACCAGAUACAGACAGGCAUGAAAAAGGCUUCUUAAAAAAGGUUUUUCAUCUCCCCAGACUUACUUUCAAAUUUAUGCCUCUCUCUCUCCCUCCCUCCCUCUCUCUCUCACACACACUCUCUCUCUCUCUGUAUUUCUUUUUUGUUGAGCUAUCUGAGCGUGAACUCUUUGUUUGUGGUGUGUUGUGCUUGUACUGUCAGUAAUGUUUGUGGUAUGUGUGUGUGAAAAUGCAUUAUUAUACUAUUGGCAUCUUAAUUCUGAUUGAUUGGAGAGAAAUGUAAGCCUCUAUUGGGUUUUGUCUGUUGGUUAAUCCUAAAAUAUUUUUUGCUCUCCUCCACUAUUUUGCACUUUAUUGAAUGAACUACAGUGUUACACUGGACAGAUUAAAACAAAU